AUAAACAAAGGUUACAUGGUUGAAUUUUCCGAUUUUCUGCCAUUUCCUCGCGAAAAUUAAUUGAAAAUUCGCUCAAAAAUCGCGUGCCGUGUCCCGUUUUUGUCUUUCUCACGUAAAACUGAUCGAUUCGUGAUGGCAUUUUGCGUAAAAUCCAACAUUUUCUGUUGUGGCGAAAUUCGACGAUCAUUUUAGGAAUUUGUAGUUGAGGCAAUAAUGGCUGAAUAUGGCGGCUAACUUCUCAGGGCUGCCUGCUGCUGCACCAUCAUCGAAAUCCCCAACGAAAUCCACGAAGCCAACUCAAUGUUCGUGCUCGAACAUCAGUAUCAUGCAAUUAUUUCACGAAAUGAAACAAGAAUUUCCGACAGUGCCUGAUCAUGUGGUAACGCAACUUGUCGCGGAAAAUUGUCACAAUCGUCCGAGGUGCAUCGAAAAACUCAGUGAAAUCGAAGAGGAAUACGCACUUUCGACACAAGCGUAUCCCGUGCAAUCGAUCCGGAAUAACAAACCGCCGACUCCGCCGCGUCGGUGCAAAAACCCCCUGCGCCAGCUUGAGCUGGAACAAGCAAAAAACACUCGCGAUAAAAGUGCGGAUCGUAAAAAAAGUGCGAAAAGUGAUGAAAGUAGUUGUGAAAUUAUACUAAAUAGUCAAAAUAAUAGCAAAAAUCUAAAGGAAAAUAUGUGUAAAUUCGAAAAGUCAAAACAAAACUCGGGCGAUGUGACGCCUCUCGCGUACAAUCGACCGGCGCCGCAACGUCCCAACACCUUAACCACCCACAAAGUGCCUUCGUCGCGUGAUUCGUCGCCAAGACCGCAUCGUGUGGCACCGCCGCCGCCCAUUUCCGCCGGCAUGACUGUUCUUUCGCAGAAUCCGAAUGCGGCGCCCGAAGCUCUCAAUGUCUCCCUGAAUGUCUCCGUAUCGCCUGUAUCAGGUCGUCGUCCUCCGCCUCGCCCACGACACAUUAGCGAAGUUACCGUGCAACCCGAAAUGCCCUUCUCGCCGGCACCCGUGCCCGCCAACGGAGCUCCUCGCAGCUACACUUCCGUCAAUUUUACGCUGCGACCUCCGUGUACGACAAGUGCCCAAAGCCCGAUCGACAUUAGUGCGGGCCCGAGUUUAACGUAUUCCAGUAGUUCGUACGAUGCGCGACAGGGAUACCAAAGUAGUUUACAGAUAACGGUAGGAGGCACGGGAACGCCGCCCGUUUUUAGUGCGAUGAGGACUCGAGCGCAGCAAUUGCAGGAUGGCGAAAGUGGGAAUGAGAAUGUGAGUGGAUGCGGAACGGGAGCUGUGCAGGAAUUGUGUGAUACGGGAGACAUUUUUGACAAAAUUUAUCAGCAACGAACGAGUCCGCUGUCUUCGAAUACGACAAGUUCGACGGUGUUUCGACUUCCGAUGCUCGGAACAAGCAGUUGUCAACUCAUGUCGUCGUCAUUAAGAGAAGACGAGAUCGUCCAACGACAACUGAAUCGCAAACGAGUGUUGGAGAAGGAGCUGCACCGCGAUAAAUAUCGACUGGAAAUAAUGCAGUACGACAUCCACGUACUCGAGUUGACGUUUCCCCUUUCCGAGACAGAUAGACUGACUGAAGAGAUAAAGCAACUGCGGAAUGAAUGCAAGAUGCUCAACGAAAUUUUAGAUAAGGCUGGCGUUGCUGUGUUGGGUGAUUUGUCGUCGAGUGUGAAUGCUUUGAGUUUAACGAAUCAACCGAUCAUGAGUAGCAAUAGUAGUUGUAAUAGUGCGCGAUCACCGAAACGACCUCCGUUGCCAGCGGCUCUGCGGACCGUUACCUCGCCUCAGCGUGCCCUUCAGAUGCCCGCCUUUACGAAUUUGCAGCAUCUCAACUUGCACCAGACACCCACAGACAUUGUCAACAACACCAUUGAUGCCGCCGCACAUGACGUACCAUCGUGGCGUUGUAGCGUUUGCACAUUCCAAAAUCAUCCGCUCCUCAAUAAAUGUGAACAAUGCGAGCAACCUCGAAAUCCCUUGGGUACAAUACACAUUACCGCUGCACAUUUUGAGCCUCGUUUUGAAAAUGUACAAUACCAACAGCAAGCGCAUACUAAUCCCGUAACUGCAAGAAGCUUUUCGCUCACUAACAAUGUGUCGUUGUCGCCUGACAGUAAAAUGAGUGACAAUCAAAUGGUGCCACAAACUGCACCACCAAACACGAAUUGUCCUUUUUUCAUUCCAAAUAACAGUAAUUUUAGUAGUAACAGUAGGAUAAUUUCUAGUUUAGAGGAACUUCAGUAUGAAAAUGUUGUUCGAGAAAGUAAUUUAGAGGAACACACGUAUGUUAAUGUAGGAAGUUUGAGUUUAGGAAAUCUUCCGGAAAUUUUUACGAAUGACAAUCAAGAAACAUCUUCAACUUUUGUCAAGGGACAUCGUUACAGACCUUCAAUGUGAAGUCUUAACAAAUCGAAAAAUUAAAGAACUGAAAAAUUUUAACUGAAUUUGCGUCUUAAAAGGUCUAAAAUGACAUAAAAUAGCCUUAAAUUACUUUUAAAAAUAAUUUUUUUCAUUAAUUUUUUUGUAAAUUUACCCGUUAAACGUCUGGUAUUUUAUAAAUCGUCAAAAAUUGUUCGAAAAAAUAUUUAAAAUUAAUUUUAAAAAUUUUUUGUAUUAUCUUCUGAAUUAUAAAUUUUCAAAAAUUUAACAUAAUAUUAAUCCUUAAUUUUUUUUAAGUUUUGCAUGAAUUUUCUACAUGCGUGUGUUAUUAUUAAGUCUAAAAAAUAUUAACAUAUUAAUUAAUUGUUACCUUGUUA